AGUGGUGCUGGCUCUGUGUGUACAGCUCAACUUCCAGCAGUCUCUGCUCCAGCAUCUGCGGUCUGCAGUGUUUUCAGAGGACGAUCUGACGGCUCUUCUUGAAGUGUUUUCAUUUCUUCAUAUUAAAGAUGAGGCACUUUUCUGCAGCUGUAUUGAUUUUCUGCCACAUUGUUCUUUGCAGAGGAGAAAGUACUUUGACCAGUAGUAACUUUUCCCUUCUCUCUGCCAAGGGUAAUGUAAUGGGUGGCAUCACUUCAGUCAACAUCGUAGAAGAUACUCUUAAAAACGUAACUUCAUCCACAAAGAGAAAAAUCCAGUCUACAAGUGUGGGAGCAAGCAACCAGCAAUGUGCUCAGCUCUGCCGAGAAAUGUCCCUAAUAAUAAAGGAGAAAAAACUGAACAUGUGCAGAAAUCUCCAAAAUUCUCUUAUUUCCUAUGCUAGAGGCACAAAGAAAUUGCUAAAGAGUAUGAUGGAAUUAUAUAUAUAUAUAUAUAUAUAUAUACACACACACACAUAUGAACUAACCAAUAAGGUUCUUCUUUUGAAUGCAGAAGUCUUAAAAAAACACACAGACCCCUUCAUUCACAGACCUUUCCACACACAUGGCUUUGAUUGCAGUGACAUUAAUGACAAUUUUGGAACCCUUUCGAGGGCACCAAGUGGAAUGUACAUAAUACAGCCUGAAGGAACACAGUUUUCAUUUGAGGCAUUUUGUGACAUGGAUUACAGAGGAGGGGGAUGGACCGUCCUUCAAAAGAGAAUUGAUGGCACAAUUGACUUCCAGAGAAGUUGGCUUGACUACAUGGAAGGAUUUGGAGAACUUUCAGGGGAGUUCUGGUUGGGUCUGAGGAAAACCUUCUGCAUUCUGAAUCAGAAGAACACCAGUUUUAUGCUAAAUAUUGCCCUAGAGGCUGAAGACGGGUCACUGGCGUACGCAACCUAUGAUAACUUCUGGAUUGAAGAUGAGAAGACCUCUUUCAUAAUGCAUGUUGGGCGCUAUUUUGGAACAGCAGGUGAUGCCAUCCGUGGGUACAGGAAAGAAGACAACCAGAAUGCAAUGCCCUUUAGCACCUACGAUAUCGACAAUGAUAACUGUUAUCCUUCAUGCUUCUUCAAUGGCACCAAAGUGAACAGCUGUAGCCAACACAACAACAAGAGUGGCUGGUGGUUCCGCCAAUGUGGUUUAGCCAACCUGAACGGGGUCCACCGCGUGACCAGAGGUAUAGAUAUAGCAGGCAUUCAAUGGGACACAUGGAAGGAGAACGGCUCGAUUGUCAAGAUAAAGUCAGCUUCUAUGAAAAUCAAGAGAACUCAUUACCCAUUUUUUAAAUGAUUGUUACUUUUGAAAUUAUGUUAAUAGAAUUUUUAGAACUUCAGUAUUGUAUGUACAAUGGUUUAUUUAAAGGAAAAUCCC